UCGGCUUCGCAACAAUUGUCGAAAACAUAAAAAUUGAGUUUUUCCCCUCCGUCAUUUCAAUAGAAAAGGCGAAAUUUCACUAACGAACAACAUCAAGAAAUCAAACGUCUAUUCUUCACUCUAUAAGCAGUUCGACAGAAUCGCUCGGUCAACUACAUACAUAGAUUCUCGUACAUAGUGCAUACGUCAAUUCGUCAAUAACACAUCAAAUUGAAAUUACAAAAUUCUAUCAAAAUUCUGCGUAGAUAAUGGGUUCAGAGGAAAAUAUCAAUUACCAGUUGGCGGAAAACUUUAUAUUUUUUCACGAUAUUUUGAAGCAACCCGAAGAAGUGUUCGAUUGCCGGUCACAUGAAUACGAAUUGGCGUCCGCCUGGCUAAAUAAAUUGUCGACGGGUAUAUUUGAAACAACCGAAGAGCUGCGACAGCGCAACAUUUAUAUGAGUCAUUUGGUGGCUUGCCUUAAUUAUGGCAAACUCACCGGACCAUUCUUAUCCCCACCCAAGCAGAACCCAUUCCACGAUACAGCCGAUUUUCAGACUAAGGUGAAGGCGCGACGUAUCUGUCAACGUCCAACGCCUGGUAUGUCGACGUCGGAAAAGGCCUGCGCCGCUGGAGUUAGGCCAACUCCAUGUGAAUGCGAGUAUUUGUGUUGUGACAACGACGAAAGCCGUCGGGACCAGAAGAAGGAUUGCAAUGGAUCAUCAUUCGAUCGUAUCUGUGGCUAUAUGAAGCAAUAUGUAAAUGUGCCUGCUUGCCUCGAAGCAAGUCUACAGCCUAUAUUAAAAGUGCGUCAAGGCCAAUAUCAAACAAGGGAAACUGGCAACAAUAAAACAAAAGUGCCGUCCGCGCCGUCCUAUGCCAAUGGUGAUAGAUAUGAAAGAAGCGCUAGAGCUAGCGGUGUUAGCUAUAGAGAUUGUGGCAAUGUAGUCAUGAAAAGUGGAAAAAAGGAAGGUGACAAUACCCGGCAAAAUAUGGAGUUUGCAGAACAACAGACCUAUGGACGCAUAAGAGCAUUGCUAGAUGUGAUAUUUUCAGAGCUAAGUGGCGAGUCUACACCUGGCACCAAUGAUUUUCUCGAAUCUGAGCUGGCACGCUACAAGAAUUUCAUAAUGAACUAUUCGGUUAUGGGGGCCAAUAUGUUACAGUGGAAAUCUCAGCCAGCGUUGCGUUCAUUUUUGCUGAUGCAAUUGCAAAAUGAUUUGGUGAAAUUGUUGAAUGAAAGCUCCUAGCCAGAAGGCAAUAUGUAGUCAGUUCGUAAUUUGGACGGUCGUACGCAGCAAGCGAAUGUGCCCCUGCCAACUACACAUGGAGUGCGUGCAUGUAUUUUAGCUUUCUAUUAUUUUUUUGAAGUCUGAAUGUCACCAGUUUAAGUUUGCGAAUAACAAAGAAAUGUGCGACUAUUAAAAUAUAAUCUUUUCGCACUUUAUAUUAUGCAUUUUUCUUUGCUGAAUUUUUAUUAAAAUAUCCGCAAAGAGAUGACUUUAA